AUACACCAAUAGAUGAUAAUGAUCUAUUUUGUUUUGUUCGAAAAUUCCAUAAUGAAUUUAAUGAAAAUCUUGCCAAAACUAUUACAUCUGGAGAUAUGCUUUGCAUCGAUAAAUCAAUAUCCAAUGCACGAACUAAUUUAUUUUUACAAUUAGAUUCUGUAGAGCCUCCGGAAUAUUCUAGUAAAAAGAAAUUUGCUGAACAUUCAGUAACAAUUGCAACUAUGUUAUUAUUAACUGAACCAUGGUUUAGUAGUGGAAGGACAAUCAUUGCCAAUUCAUGGUUUGGUAGUGUAAAGGCAUGCACUACAUUAUAUAAACAUGUUGGAAAAUUUGAUGAUGUUGAUCUUACCUUGUGCUCUCUUCGUGAUCGUAAAAAUAUUGUUCUCCUUGCCAGCUGUUCUACAACAAACUUUAAGAAUGAAAUAACUAGGUAUAUUAAGGGUCAUGGUAAUGUUAAAUUUCAUAGGCCCACUGUUUUUGAUGAAUAUAAUGAGUAUCGAUCAGCUGUAGAUAUACUCAACAAUUUACGUGACAAUGCACUUUCUUAUUAUGAUGUUCUCACAACAAAAUGUUCAGAAAAUCGAAUUUUGGCUUUUUAUUUUUCUGUUGCAAAGGCAAAUAGCUAUUCUGCAUACUGUCAAUUUGUUCCUGGAAAAAAAAAUAUGAAACAUGUAGAUUUUUGUAAGCAUUUAGUAAUUUCAAUUUUUGAUUACUAUUCAGAAGAUGAAACUGUUGAUGAUUCUUCAUCUUCACGACUUAAAGGAAAGCAUAUUCAACGUCAUUGCAUUAGUUGUCAUAAACGUACUACUACUGGUUGCAGGUGUUCCAUGCCACAAGCCAUGUGUUCAAAUUGA